UUUCUGUUAUCUCUUAUCUAUUAUCUGUUAGACAAUAAUUAUAGCCAAUGCCCUCACAACAUCUUCCACAUCAGCUUGCUAUCCCAGAUUUUAAGCAACUUGUGCUUUAUACCGGUAAUGUUAUGCUUACAACCACUACAGCGGGCAAAGACUGGAAUAAGAAAUCAAAUGCAGAGUUAGUGCAAGCUAUUUCAGAUACUCUAAGAGUCUCUUUGUAUGGUGCAGAUACCCCGUCUUACCGAUAUUUUAAGGAAAAGGAAUUAUUGGAAGUCCCUGAUUUAAGAUUGAGCAGCCGUAUUGAUCCCGUGGAUAGAGACGAAGUAGAAGUGACAGCGAAACUAUUCUAUUUGAGACAUUCCCAUGAAACUGAAGCCGAAGUCUCGCAUAUCGAUAGAGCCAUCUACCACUUACAACAACUCUUGGAUGUAAAUUCGAUUGACACACUGAUUGUUUCUUUUGAUAAUAUGAAUUGCAACACAUCCAUUGAAAAGACCUGGAAGGAUCUGGAAGUAUAUCAACAAAAGGGCGUUGUUUCUAAGCUCGGCUUAUGCGAUUUCGACUGUGAAAAAUUAUCAGCAUUCAUCAACAAUAAGGAGCAUAAAAUAAAACCAUCCAUAAACCAAGUUCAUGUGGAACAAUGUUGUUCUUUACCACAGGAUUUGAUUACCCUUGGAAAACAUGAGAAUAUUGAAUUAACGUUUAACGGAGACACAACAGACAUUCUUUCUACAGAAGCAUUAUCUAUACUACUACACAAGUAUGGCGUCAUUGAAAGCAAUUCAACACAGGUCAGACCGCGUUGGGUUCUGAAAUAUGAUGUGUUCUUCAAGCGUAGAAGUGUUGUAGCGGACAAAGGAUAUAUCGUUGUGGGCGAUGUGCAACAACCAUAAAAUUCCUCACCCCACUUAUUUUCGAUUGCAAAGUCCAUCAAUACAGCAUAGACAUGUUUUCCGUCAUCAUUGUACCAUAUUCCCUCAAAUCCUUCUUUAUCCACAUGUACUCUAUGCAUCCUCCAUAUAUAAACCUACAGACAGAAGAAUGGUCAUAGCGAUGAUCAUAGACAACAAAGACAUGGCCUUGAAUAAAGAGAAUUUCUCUUCCAAAUGUAUACAGUACUUGGUAUUGGUUGAUCCCCGGUUUUUGUUCGCCGCUUGGAUCUUUUUACUAAUGAAGCGAGGAACAUUCCAUAAAAUAAGAUUGCUAGCCCUCAUCCAAUUGAAUAUUAGUCGUCCUGUGGGAUUGAUUCUGGUAUCGCCACGAAGUCGC